AUGUUUGGAUUUGGCCCAUCAUAUGAUUCAUAUAAAUUAAAAGUUCAACUUAAACUUGCAGUAAGUAGAAUUCAAAUUUUAAAGAAUAAAAAAGCAAAUAUUGUAAGAGAUGAAAAAAGAAAUGUCGCAGAAUUAUUAAGAAAAAAGAAUGAAGAAAGUGCUAGAAUCAGAGUUGAAACUAUCAUCAGAGAUGAAUAUUUAAUUGAAUGUUUUCAAAUCAUUGAAGUUUUAUGUGAAUUAUUACAUGCCAGAAUUAAUUUAAUUAAUGCAACAACUGAAAUGCCAUUAGAAAUGAAAGAAUCAAUAUUUACAUUAGUAUAUUCAUCACAAAGAAUUCAAAUACCAGAAUUGGAACAAAUUAAAAAUCAAUUAAAGGCAAAAUAUGGAAAAGGAUUAGAAAAUGAGGCAAAUUGUCAUUGCAGCACUCAUGUUAAUCCAAAGAUUGUACAUAAAUUAUCAUACGCCACACCUGAUCCAUCAAUAAUUUUUCAAACACUUUCAGAAAUUGCAGAGAAAUUUAAUGUAGAUUGGUGUGGUUCAGAUUAUCCACCACCACCACAACUCAUAAUGCCACAACCAAUCAUUGUACAACAACAACCACAAAUUUUACAACCACCACCACAAAUUAUACAUCAUCAACAACAACCUCAAAUUUUACAACCACCACCACAAAUUAUACAACAACAACAACAACCCCAAAUGCCAUCUUUCCCAAUUAUGUCACCACCACAACAACCAACUUUUUCUCAAAUUCAACAUCAACAACAAAUCCAACAACAAUAUCAACAACAACAACAAUCACCACAAUUCCCAAGUGCCCCACCAUCUUUUUAUAACAAUAAUAGUGGUAAUCAAACACCACAAUUCCCAACAAUCUCAACUAAUAAUAGUGAUGGUUAUAGCAAUGAUAAAUUUAAUAAUGGCAAUAAUAAUUAUAAUAACAAUAAUAAUAAUAAUAAUAAUAAUAAUAAUAAUAAUAACCAUAAUAAUAAUAAUAAUAAUAAUAAUAAUAUACCACCACCAUAUCAACCAUCAUCAGAUACUGGCUACCCAGAUUAUGAUGAAUUAACUGCAAGAUUUGAGGCUUUGAAACGAUCAAAUGAUUUCUAA